AUUUGAAGAGGAUGCAGCACGUAUGCACGCAGUCAUUGAAGGCGCUCAAUCAGUCAGACUUCAGUAACGCGUCGAGAUAGACGUCACCCGCUUAAGAACACAGCUCGGCUAUUAACUUAACUGCAUUAGUUCUAUUCUUAUUAAUUUUAUGUUUUGAAAACAUUUGUGAUUUUGUGAAAUUGGGAAUUAAUUUGGAAUAUGUUGUUGUUUUGUUGCUGCUUUGCGCAAUUGCUGCUGCAUUUGGUCAGUGGUGGUGUGGCAGAAAGUGAUGUUGGACCAAUUUUACGCAGAAAGGAGUUUGUUACGCUGCAUAAAUGGAGCGAAUUAAAGUUAACGGUGCCUGAAGGCCACCAACAACCACCGACGCUGGAUGCAACGCAUUACGCGCAGGAUAAAUUGCUGCCGGUCGAUGUGGAUGUGGAGUACGGCGAUGACGGCUACCACCGCACCUUCCUAACCAUACCACGUUUGAGCCAUGGCGUACUCUACUCUCUGGCUGUGGUCGCCGACAGCGAUAACUCCACAAUACUUAAUCCACUUCUAGUGCCGUAUCCCAGUUAUGAAUGGCACUCCAACUUUGGACAGAAUUGCAGCACUAUCACAUCGGCCAUACGUACAUUCAUCGACGACUGUUGGCGUUUGUGGGUUGUGGACUUAGGUCAAAUUAACGGUAUUCAAUAUUGCGCACCUCAAAUACUCGCUUUUGAUUUGGUCACCGAUCAGCUGAUACACCGUUAUAUUAUACCGGCAUCGCAAUAUACACCGGGUGUGUCCAUUUUUACCGCACUCGCGGUGGAUAUAGAUGAAUCAGAAUCGAAGGCGGAAUGCAGUAACGCUAUGGUCUACAUCGCAGACCCUUGGGGUUAUGGUCUGAUUGUUUACAAUAUGAAUCGUGGUCAGUCUUGGCGCAUACAAAAUGCACAUAUGCAACCAGAUCAGCAGCUGACGCAGGAAAAAACUGGCAACAGCGGCAUUUUCACAGUGAGCAUAAGUCCAAGGCGGCAUGAUAAGGAAGCAGCUGAUCGCCGCUUAUAUUUUCAUGCUUUGAAUAGCUUUCUAGAAGUAAGCGUACCGUUGUCUGUGGUCAAUAACGCUACACUGUGGACUCAGCCUAAGGAUACGGAAACACAAAAUGAACUACUGAAUGAAUUCAGAAUCGUCGGCAGUCGCGGCAUACAGUGUGAAUCGGAAGCUAUGGACAGUGAGGGUAAUUUAUAUUGCAGUUUGAUAAGUUCAAGCGCUUUGAUAGCUUGGAAGGAAGAUAGUGAUUAUGAUUCGGAUCAUUUGAAGGUCGUCGCUUACAAUCCCGAUAGACUGCGUUUCGUCACAGGCCUCAAAGUAAACAGAAAUAAUCUCGAUGAAGAUGAACUUUGGGCCUUGAGCAGUAACCCAGAGUUAUUUGUUGGUGGUAAUGUGCAAACAGACGAUAUAAAGUUCCAAAUCAUUGGUUGUCGUGUAAAAAAUUUACUGGAAAAUGAACCUUGCUCUGUAGUAAUAAAUCAUUUACAAAAUGCGUGAAUGGAAAAAUAGUAACAAAUACAAUUUGAACGAAUAAAAAAAUUACAUAAUUCUA